CGCAACGGUAAGCUCGCGUGCUGCCGGACCGACGUCGUCAGCCCCCAAAACCAAACAUUUACAGAUUAUCCUACCCUCCUCCCGCUGCCUCCGGCUCGAAACCUUGGGCUGUCAAUUCCUCGUCCUCCUCGCCACAGAUCGCCAUAGCUCGGGAAUGGAAGCGUCACCGCUGACCCGUCAGGCCCCGCCCGAGGUCUUCAAACCCAAGAUCGUACAGCUGUACGAGUCGCUGUUCAAGGAUGCCGAAGAUGACGCAGAACGCUCCGAGGGCUUCUGGCGCGAGUUCUUUCUCCUGCGGCCCGACCGCGCCGCCUUGAAACGAAUCCUCGAUGGCCUGGGGCCGGCGGACAUGCUUGCGUUGGAGGAGCAUACUAGGGAGCUUUUCGCCCGCGCUGUUACUGCCAUGAAGAGUGGACAGGGUGUCGCAGAUCUGCAUGCGCUUGACACACUCAGUGUGUUCCUGUGCUCGGCUCUUUCGAAAAAGUAUGCGCACCCUAGCUCGGAUAUCAUCAUCGUCUUGGCUGGGAUCGAUUAUGUCGAUACGAUCUUUACGGACUUUGUGGGCGCUGUGGACCAGAUCAUUAGGAGUGGGAAGAGCUUGGAAUUGCGACAAAAGGCGGUCGAGGUUGUCCUGGCUGUGACGGCGGGCGCAUACCAGACAAGUCUCUUGACAUACUUUAUCCAGAGAGACCUCUUCCCCUCAGUAAUGAAGUUCAUACAAGACACCGACACGACGGAGCGCAUCCUCAGCCCCUUUUCCCUCCUUGGCCUCUUGGCAAACUACAACAAAUUCGAGUUCCAGAACCCCUACCAGAUGCGAUUAAACGACUUUGUCAACGAGGCGACAAUCAAGAAGAUCAUCCGGUGCAUAGGUCAGACGUGCGAGAGCUUGACUACACAAUUCGUGGAUGUGCAAGAUGACUUGCCCGAGGGGUGGACAUUCAACGGUACACUACGCAUGAUGGGCCUUGGCGCGGUUGCGAGGGGUCCUAAGCCGGAAAAGAAGCCCGUCUACGAUGCCGAGACCAUGAAGCAGAUGUUUACAAAGCUACCCGGCGAGGAAGCAGCCGUGUUGCUAGCAACCUAUGACUUUACCCACGCCAACAAGCUGUUCUGCUUCAACCUCGCCACCCUGCCUGCCGAAAAGGGCGAAGAACAGCCAUUGGCAGCCUUCACAUCACUCACGUCCUACCUACUCCAGCAUGCCCAUCUCUCCGAACGCACGACACACUACUCGCAUCUCAACCUAAUGGUCUUCCGCCUCCUAAUCGAGGACCCCGUGCUAUGCAAGCGGAUAUGCAGCGAAGAGUCCAAGGGGCAGGUCCGUCUGUGUCGCCAGAGGCAACCGUUCCUCCCGCUGGUCAGAGGGGACCGGAUCCUGGCGACAGCCGUGCUGGAUACCAUGGUGGACGGUAUCACACACAAUCUUCGGAGGAGGCUGGACGUCGGGCUCUACACGCUCUGCGUCGGCAUCCUGCUGCGGGUGAUUUCCUAUCUCUCAAGGUCACGGACGCGACUGACGUAUCACUGGGCGGAUCUGUUCCGCGCGUUGCUGAACCUAAUUCGGUUCCUGACACAAUACGUCGCGGACCUGAAGGACCUCUCGCAAAUCGACCUCCUGCUAGACAAUGUCGUCAACCUGGUCGCGCUUUCGCUCUCGGCUGGCGAAGGAUUCUUGCCGUCACCGGCGGCAUACGAUGAUCUAUUCUACAAGGUCGUCGAGGCGGGCGACACGCUGACCAAGUUCAAGGAGAGCUAUCAGCUCGGCAAGCGGCCGAGCAACUCGAUUGACACGCUUAUUAGCGUGAGCACGCACUACAAGGAGCUGCUUGCGGAGGGCGGCAAGAAGAAGGGGAACCUGACGAGCAUGCAGGUGACGGAGGUGAUCAAGCAAGGAUAUGAGACGCUGAGUAUACAGGCGAAAGAGGGGCUUGAUACGUGGGAUCGGUACCGGGAGGCGGACGAGAGGACGUUGUUGAAGAAGAUGGCGAGGGCGGCUGUUGCUGAUGUGAGAGGGUUGGUGGAAAGGUGA